AUCUCUUGCUGUUUCGAAUUCACAAAAAAUGGAUUAUCAAUCUGGAAGUCGUGGUUGUUUCAACUGUGGCGAUGCCUCUCAUCAGGCUCGUGACUGCCCCAAAAAAGGCGUUCCAACUUGCUACAACUGUGGUGGUCAAGGACAUGCCGCGAAUGCACCCAAGCCCCCAAGGAGAAGUCUUGCUAUCGAUGCGGUCAGACUGGACAUCUUUCACGCGAGUGCCCGCAAUCCGCCGGAGCCAGCAACUUCGGUGGCAGCGGUGGUUUUACCAGAGGUCCCGGCGGCGGUGGUCAAGAAUGCUACAAGUGCGGUCAGGUCGGACACAUAGCCCGUAACUGCUCCCAGGGCGGUGCUUCUGGUUACGGAGGCGGCAGCUUCGGCGGACGACAGCAGACUUGCUACUCCUGCGGCGGAUACGGGCAUAUGGCUCGGGACUGCACACAGGGUCAAAAAUGCUACAACUGCGGUGAAGUCGGCCACGUUUCUCGCGACUGCCCGACCGAGGCCAACGGUGAGCGCGUCUGCUAUAAGUGCAAGCAACCUGGUCACGUCCAGUCCGCUUGCCCUAACUAAAUGCUGGCAAAAAUCACUCUGGCGUAUCGACAUGUCGUAGGGCAAAGAAGAAGAGAAGGUGGAGAGAAAGAUAACGGUUCCUGAUACUGUGAUGACCACGCCACGUGCUCAUGAGGCUUUGAUAUUUACUUUUCCUCUUACGACUUGAAUGCUCAUAUUUCUUUUUGUUAUUUCUCCUCGA